AUGUCAAAAGCCGCUGGAACUUGCGAUGCGAGUGUGGGAGUGGCAGCUGGCUGUGAGCAUCACCGGGACAUUCCGGCGCUGAAGGUUCACUUGGCACGCUUGAGGCGUCUGGUCGUCGACGGCAACUACUCAGAUCUGGAGACUCUGCUUGAUAGCUGGAGUGCGAAGGGCAGGUACGUGCACAACAUAGAUGUUCCUGAGACGUCCGCCCAAUACAAGCAGAUGAACUGCAGCGACCUGGACUACCUUGCAAAGGAGCACGUAAAGGUGGACGAGUCUGCAUAUGACACCAACAGCAGACAUGCCAGUCGCAUAGAUAACUUGACUGUUCUGGAGCUGGGACUCUACAUGACGCGCCAUGCAAACGAGAGGGCGUUGAUGCGCUCCCUCAGAGGGACUGCAACGCACGCCCACGUGGAGGGUGCCUCUAUGGAAGACCGGAUCAAGAUCAUCCGCCUCUUGCUGGAGAAGGGGUUCUCUUGGGACAGUGGGGCCUUGGUCUGCAAAGUGGUCCCGCCAGAGAACGGCUAUCGCAAGACCAUCCGGACGGCCUUUGCGCGCACCAUCCUGCACGAUGUCGUGCGUGAUUUGGUGCAUCUGAACAAGAGCCGCAUCGAGUUUCUUCGUGACAGCCCCCUUUGUGGCGGCAACGACAUGGAUGGUGUCAUCUGGAUCUUGGCGCAGGCGCCAGAGGCCUUCACGAUGCUAAGUGUUACGACCCGCAAGACCGUCUUGAUGCAAGCGGCGGAAGACCCUUUCGAUCAUGACGAUGGGCUUGUGAAUUUUCCUGAGCUCAUCCGGCUUCAUGCUGUCAUGCAGGCCCCAUUGACCACAGUGGAUCCGUAUGGCUGGAAUGCAGAAAUGCUUGCAGCCGGACAACUCAAUGCAGCUCAUACGGGGUACCUGCAAAGGACCGUUGAAAAGAAAUGGCGCCGUGAGUACAGGGAGGCCUUUGACCUUCCUUUCUGGUCUAAGGAAGCUUCUGAUACAUUGGCAGAUGCAUGUGUGCUGGCCAGUGGGCACUUUUACCUGCUGACCAUGAUUUGUGUAGCGGCCCUGCUAUUGCUGUCAUGCUGCGCAUUGACCGCAAGGACUCCCGUCACACUGCAAUGCAUGGACAUGCUGUUCAGAGUUUUGUGGCUGCUGGUCGUCAACACGUCCUUUCUGACGCUGCCCCCGAUAUUCCUCAUCGCUUACCGCAGACGGGUCUCCGUGUUCUCGGUACCGCAUGUUGCUAAGUGGAAUCCGCUUCCUUUGACGAUCAGAAUGGUGCUUCUUGUAUCUGUCUUGAUUGUUGCUAUUUUCAUGUACUUCGAUGCCAAAGCGGUCCGUGGAAAGGAAGCAGAAAGGGUACCAAAGAAGGCAUCUCCGCAGGACAGGUACCAGGAUCCUAACAGCCCUCUCCUUGGCUGCAUAUGCAUCUUUCUUCUGAUGUCUUGUCUCAUGAUCAUAUACCUACAGACUGUAAUGCAGCCCUUGGCUAUGGACCCGAAGAAGAUUGGGCUAUGGCUGGGGUCUUUGCUGGUACAGGUCCGGUUCACCUUGGAUGACAACACAGUACAGGAGGAAUUGCGACACGAUGAGAAUGCCCUUCGACAGCAGCUGCAGGCUUUCUUUUGGGACCGCCGACAUGGCCGAAUCUGCCGAGCGUGCUCACAGGUGAGCAGGCGCUCAAGCCGGCAAAGUAGAGUCUCCCGCGAGGCAAGCCGCGGAUCCUCUCAGGAUCAACCGGGACAGGAGCGGAACAUCAUCCUCCGAUGGAUCCGCUGGGCCUGCUGCAUGGUGACGCCGGAGAAUUCCGAGAUCUGGCAGCUCCACCUCCAUGCCAGCGCCAACAGCUUUCGCCUCGUGUGCAGGCACGAGCCCGGAAAUCCUGGCAGUGAAACUAAGACGAAGACGCGGUGGCGCGAAUCCUGGCAUGAGAUGGCCUUCUGGAUGAGGUUUCUGAUGUCAUACUUGUCCAACGGCCUAUACAAAGCCAUCCUCGUCUAUACUCUGCCACUUUGGCUUUGCCGCGGGGGUCUCACCGACUUCGUCCUAAACGCUUUUGCGUUGGUCUACAUCGUUGAGAUAGAUGACGUGAAGGAAGACAACGAAUGGGAAGUAGAAAGGGAGGACGAGUCUGACUCCACGAGCGACCAGAACUCUGAGGCUAACUGCCUGGAGAAAUGGCCGGACGAGUACGUGCCCUGCGCCAAGCAUGGUUCGGAAAGUUCUGGUGAAGGGACAUGA